CAAACAUACUACCGGCACAACACUAAGAACCAUUGCAGCUCCGGUCAAACAACUUAAACAGCUGAUUCGUUCAAAACCAGUUUCUAAGCGCGAAGUAAACCGUAGCGCAUAGCACAAGCGGAAGAGCACCUCGACUUUCGUUAUGAAAGCUUUCUGCUCAACACACACCAGCUGGCCAAUUCUCUUAUGAACCAACCAACUCGAAUGUGUUUUCAAGUCGAUUUCAACAGGCCAACUACGGCUUUGUUGAAGAAACCAGAUUUAGUUGUGCGUAAAACGUUAAUGAACGACUUUGCAAAGCGGUCAGCGGAACAGUGGCGAUUUGUAGUGGAAUUGUCGACACGAUGUGAUAGUGAAAGGAAUUUUUAAUUUAUUUUUUCCACAAUAUAUUUGUUGUUUUUGUUAUACAAUUGUGCAAUAUUUUCUUUAAAUCAAGGAAUGUUAUUCCACUGUGCAUAAAUAUUUAGUUGUUUUAAGUAUUUGUAAAUAAAGUUUUGGAAACAGAAAAUCAAAAUGAAGUUCCCUGGCAGUUAUCCAUGGCUAUUAGUCAUCGCUGCAUGUAUUUUGUUGCAAAAUAUUGUCGGCGCACAACAACUAAUAGCGUACCUCUCUCAGCGUGGUCUGCACGGCGAGAUUACCUUCCGACAAGUGAAUGCAACAACUGUGGAGAUCAUAGCAAAGCUGGAGACCACGCUACAAUAUCCGGAUCAGGCGUGGAGUUGGGGCGUGCGACAGUUUCCAGUCGAUUAUGCUGACAUUGAUCCAGAGUCGCGCUGUAGUGUGGAGAAAUUGGGCGCGCAAACAGUGAGUUUCGAUGAUGGGAUCGAUUUUCUGGUGUUGCCCGGUAAUGAGACCGCCACUUGGUAUCGUGAUAUGAACUUAAUAGGCGAAAAGGGCAUCUGGGGUAAAUCGCUGGUACUGACCGAUAUCAGUACGCAUGCGCGCAUCUGUGCCACCAUCACCACCAUUCAGAUGUCCGUGGAGCAUAUGGCAGAGGCGCGUUUCAACACACCCAUUGCGGGCUCUGUGCACUUCCGUUGGUUAGCGCCAACAGAUGGCGCCGAGGGUGAUACGCUCAUAUAUUCCGAUCUCUAUCACAUACAAGCGCAACCGUCGAAUGAUGAUCCCAACAAACCGAUAACACGUCAUAGUUGGAAAAUUUUUGUGACGGACAUUUUUAAAAACGAUCAUCAUCGCACCGAAGAUAAUUGCAAUUUCUUGCAAUUGGUAUUCGAUCCACAAGGUUAUGGCGAGAAUAAGGGUAUCGGUGAUCUUGAUGCUAGAUUGGGCAAAAUAAAUGUGGCAAAGAAUGCUUUACAGUCCGCACAACGCGCUGUUUAUAGAGAUGAUAAAUUUGUAUUGUUGCCUUCGGAUUUAUCCAUACCACAUCGUACGCUCUACCUGGUUCUAUUCGAAGAUCAACAUCCCGAUAACUUCUUGGCAUGUACGCAGAUACGUCACGUGGAGCCACUGACAUACAAAACCUUCCUGAACUCUGGUGGCAUCAAAGGUGAAAUAACAUUUACACAACGUUCUCGCUUCGAUCCGACUUUUUUAAAUUUCACACUCGAAUCGGCGGGCAAACAGGCGCGUUUCGUUAAUCGCAAAUUUGCCGAAGACGUCUCCGCAUUUCGCAUACACACACUACCGCCAGUGCCACAUCGCAAAGGUCUAACGAGUUACUGCGAGUCCACUGGUGGUUUAUACAAUCCACGUGAACUUGAGAAAUCGAGCAUACCACCACCGGGUUUCGGCACACAAGAUCAAUAUCCCACGGGGGAUUUGAGUGGAAAAUUGCAAAGUCGCAAUAAGGAUUACUAUCAUAAUUAUUUACUACCAGGUGCUAGCUCCGAGCUCAGUGGUCUCUACUGGGAUACGUUUUUGCCCUUGCAAGGUCUGAAUAGCAUCGCACAUCGUGGCAUGGUCAUCUUCACUUAUAAUCGCACCAAUGUUGAUAACAUAACCGAGAAUUCUUGGAGCUGUUCGUCUAUAACACAAUACCGUAGGAAUGGGAUCUACCAGAAACCGAUGUUUACCGCGCAAGUAUUACUGCGCUAUCCAGUGGUGGGACGCGUACUCUUUCGCCAACCAAUUGAAGAGCCUUGGCAAGAUACCACCGUCAUAUUCGAAUACUUAAUCCACGCCGACGGUUCCACACAGAACAAUACUUUCGACCAUCGUUGGGCCAUACAUAGUAAUGCGCCUGGUAAGGACUUCUACGAUUGGCAGAAUCGUUGCAUUUCCACCGGCAAUGUUUACAAUCCACACAAAGUACACUGGGGAAAUCGUACGGUUGAUGAUUACUGUAAACCACAUUUGCCGGCGAUGUGUCGUGUGGGCGCAUUGGAUACGCGUGUGGGUAGGUUAACCAUAGCGGGACGUAAGAAAAAUGCGGAAAGCUUGAGUCGGCUCAUGUUUACCGACACGAAUUUACCUUUAUCGGGUAGGCACAGUAUUUUGGGGAAGUCAUUGGUAAUUUAUGAUGAUUUUGGACCUAAAGCGCGUGGCGAACGCUUGGCUUGCUCUGUCAUUAUAGGACACUUCCGACGUAAAGUUGUGGCCAAAGAGUGGUAUGCCAAUGGCGAUGAAUUGACCGUAAAUGGACGCCUAGAAAUCACACAGCAAUCGGAAUAUGACAUUAGCAAUGUCGAAGUGCAGUUGAAGGGCCUGAAGGAGAACAGCGGCUAUCACAUACACAUGACACCAGUCGAAGCGAAUCUUGAAUUUCCUUGUGAAGACACCACACUCUACGGGCACUGGAAUCCCUUCAAUAUAAAUGUGAAAUCAUCACCGCCACCCAAGCAGGGCACAACCGAUCAAUAUGAAAUGGGCGAUCUGAGUGGCAAAUUCGGCACACUCGAUGCACUUGUGCAGUACGAAGACGCCUAUAAUGACACAAAUUUACCGCUAUUCGGUUACAACAGUGUGAUCGGUCGCUCGGUGGUGAUACAUAAGAAGCAACGAAAUGCGCGUUGGGCCUGCAGUACACUGGAGCGUGGCUACAGCCCUAGUGAGGCGCGUGAGAUACGCGCGAUAGCAUCGUUUCACCAUCCCACCGGUUAUGCGUACGGUUACAUCAAAAUGACACAGCUGAUACAUAUCGACGGUAGUCAAUCGGAGACGGUUAUCGAGGUGAAAUUGCGGCACCCGGGCAAAAACGAUCGGAAUAUGACCCAAAAUCACAAUUGGCAAAUAUUUGUGAAUCCAGUCGGUGUGGAUGCUGCAGUGAAACCCACCAUAACACGUUGUGUGGCCGGCGGUUAUGUGUGGAACCCCUAUUAUACCCAACUAGCGGAUCCGUUAAAUCGUGAUUUGUACGAACAGGAAUGUGGUCCCGACAAUCCAUUACGUUGUUAUGUAGGCGAUGUGGGUGCGCGGCUUGGCACAAUAAAUCUCGGUGUGGAGCGUGUUGUGCUCACAGAUUCGAACUUUCCACUUGAAGGACCCGUGGGUGCCAUCGGCCGUUCAAUAGUCAUCUUUGGUCCUGAAUACUCCUCGGAACGUUUCGCCUGCGCUAAUAUUGAACCGGAUCAUAAUGUUUUCAAAUAUGUGAAUUUACAAAAACCACCGAGAUUCGUGGUCGCACAAUUCUUGGAAGAACUACGCUCAGUUAUGGGCAUUCCGGAAUGGAUGUUGGAUGUGGAUGCGCGUAAAACGAAGGAGUUACACGGUGGCGCCUGCAUUCAAAUGAUCAUACACUUCAAGGGACCAAUAGCGCAUCGUUUGGAAUUGGAUAUGUCACGCCUCAUUGCUGCUGGUCGUUUAGAUGCACCCAGUCUAUUCAUUCCCGGUUAUGUGAAUCAAAAAAGGAAAGCCACCAUUUCGUAUAGAACAUGUGGUGUACGCGAUCCAAAUGAGAAACGCACCAAGACGUUCUACGGCAGUUUUACCAACAGCAAAUCAAAUCGUACGCUGCCAAAUUACAUAGUGUUCGCUAUUUUGAUUGCGCUGAGUUUAUAUUGAACCAUAAAUAUUUGUUUAACAAUAUACACAGCUGUAUAUACAAUAAACACAUACAUACAUGCACACAAGAUGUACAUAUAGUCCAGCAUUUAAUAAAAUCAUCGCACCUUUUUGUAUAAUUUUUAUAACAUUUCAGUGAAUAAAAGCGAUGAAUAAAUAAACAUAAUUUAUUUUUAAAACCAAA